GUCGUGGUAAAAUGAAGAAAAUGAUGGGCAUGAUGAUUAUGGGAAUGGCCAUGAAAAUGAUGGGCAUGAUACCCGUUGCCAUGGGUAUGCUGUACAUUUUGGCCGGCAAGGCGUUGAUUAUAUCCAAGAUUGCUUUGCUGUUGGCGGGCAUCAUGGGUUUGAAGAAGCUGUUGUCAGGAGGUGGCAAGUCAAGCGGCAGUUCUUCUUGGUCCUCCGGUGGUGGUGGUGGCGGUUGGUCAUCCGGCGGUGGCGGCAGUGGUGGCUGGGACAGACGUUCCCUAACCGAAGCUCAGGAGUUGGCUUAUCGCAGUUAUGCAAAACAGUACCAACAACAGCAACAGCAGCAACAACAACAACAGCAACAAGUGCAACAACAACCGUUAAAAUCAUCAAGCGAUAAAAAACUGUAA